AUGCUCUCUGGCUCCACGAGCCUAAAUCAGUGGGUAAAGAAGGACUAUGGUGCACGCAAACAACACUACAUACUUGGGAACGUUGGGGUCCAGAGGUAAUAGACGCACAGACACUACAUAAGGAAGCACCACUAACUGCACUGCAGACCAGCUCACCCGACCUCUCCCUCCUCACAUGGUCAAACCUAGGAAUACAUAAAAUAAAAGACUUAUACACCCAAAACGAACUGAAAACAUUCCCCACUCUGCAAAGCGAAUUCUCCCUCAAUCCAAGAGACAUCUUUACAUACCUAAGGGUUAAGAACAUACUACAAACACGUAUUAAACCGGCAGCACCCACACCACCUUUAGCAAUACCCUCAGCCCGUUAUAUACUGACAUCCCGCUCCAUCAAACCACUAGCCUUAUGCUAUAAUGCACUAGAAAAGGGAAAAUCCAUGCAUAAACACUCCUAUAUGGAAAAGUGGGAGGAAGACAUAGGGGAGCCAAUCACUAUACAACAAUGGUAUGACGCCUUCCAAGCCACUAAACGAGCAUCAAAAAGCCUAUCUCUGUGGGAAGCAUAUAGCAAAAUAGCAAUGCGUUGGUAUCUAGUCCCCCUCAGAUUGGCAAAGAUAUUCCCCAACACCUCACCACUAUGCUGGAGAUGUGAACAACAACAAGGGUCUCUACUGCAUAUUUUCUGGGAAUGCCCAGUCAUAAAACCAUUUUGGAUCGCUAUCCAAAAAGUCAUAAGGGAAACUACUAACUUGUCAAUUCCACUACACCCAGCACACUACCUACUCCACAUACUACCUACGACAAGCCCAACAAGAAACCCAUUAAGCACAAUCGCCAUAAUCAUACUAACCGCGGCCAAAGUCGCGAUCGCAUCAAAAUGGAAACACAACGUGCCCCCAACUCAGGAGGAAGUAACACGCAGAGUAGACAGUAUAUGCAUAUAUGAACAGAUGGCACACAAAAUACAGGGAACAUCUGAGAAACACAACACCUACUGGAGAGGAUGGCUGGACGCCCGGAAAGAGACGGUACAGGUAGACAAUCACUAA